AUGAAUAAUGACAAGCGGGGUGUGGGAGGAGACGCAGAUGAAGGUGCUAGUGGAAGUGGCGACCGUCGCGACGAUGGGGAGACGCGUCCAAGCAAGCAAACGCAAGGUAACCAGCUUGACCGGAAGGACGACCCCACUGUGACCCCCCCCCAAUCUGCGGACAAGCAAGGAAGUGGGCAAAGUGUGCAAAGUGCGCAAAGUGCGCAAAGACGGACAACCAAAGGUAUGGCAGAAUCGUCGUGCCACAAGAAGAGGAAAGUUAUCAGUGCGGUAACCCCCCCUCGGGAGGGAAGUGCCCAUACGAGCGAUUUAUUAAGUGGCGAGAUCCACGAGGGGAAGAGUUUUUUUUCCACGGGGGACGAGUCCCCGUUUUGCCACAUGUAUUCCCCGCGGAACGUGGCUGCCCAGAUUGGGAACCCCCCGAAGGAUGGCGCCCCCGCUGGUAGCAGCAGUGGCAGCAGCAGCGGCAGUAGUACCCCUCCUGAGGAUAAGGGCAAACUGAGCAGAAGCGGGAGCGACGCGGCGGAUGACCUGAUGGACGGUCCGCUGGUGAGCAGCACGUCCGGAAAGGUACUUCCAAACAAACAGCAAAUAGAAAACUUCAUCCUGUCAGUUGAAAAAACCUGCAGUGGAGAAAAAAAAAAAAAUAAAAAAUCGCAAAUAUCGCAAAAAUCGCAAAUAUCGCAAAAAUCGCAAAAAAGGAGGACAUCCUUGGCUAGCACCAAAAGAGAAGUGACCAAACGGAGCUCCUUUUUGGCCGGCCUUUCCCCAGAUGAAAAUCUCAUGGAAGAUGAUAACGAGGAUGGUAAAGCAGACCCAUUUUGCAACCAUCAUUUUUGCUACGACUCUAAUAUUAUUUACCAAACGGAUGAGAGGAACUACGAGGAUGGUGGCAGCUACAGACAGUCGCUGAACCCCGGUGGAGAGAUGGCCUUUUCGCUGAAUGGCGAUGACUUGUUUGAUGAGGCAGAGAGGGACGCAGCACAGAGAUAUGCUCCAUCUGCUCGUGGGAAAAGUGAGAAGAACUUUUUUGAGCUGCAGGAAGAGGAUCCCCUUCUUCAGCGCGAGAAGAGCGGAGGAACGCAGCCCACAUACCCACUCGAAAAAAAGGAAGCAGCAGCGAAGGAGAAGUGCACCAUGGAAGGAGAAGAAGCCACUCACGCGCACCACAUGGAAACACACACAUCGUCUUCUCCCCUUCUGAACGACACCCCGUAUGACCUAAGCCAAAGCUACAAAGGCACACAUCUGUAUGGCGAGUUAGAAGCUUAUAAGACCAACUUCCAAAAGAACCCCUACAGCUCCAAGGAGAACCUGAUGAAGCUGUUAAAUUCAAAAAUUGAAGACUACGACGGGGGGGAAGCGGUGGAAAAUGAAAAGGAAGAAGCUGGUGAAGGCAAAUCUGACGGGGGGGACCCCAACAAGCUGUGCCAGUCGAGUGAAACAAAUCAAAAUAAGCAGAGAAAAUACGAACGGAACUUUUUUAUAAAUUUGGCUAGUCAGCAAAUGAAUGGAGAUAUUGUAAACUACACAAAUGAGUGUCCCCUCCUGGGGUGCAUCCCGGAUGGUUAUCCCAACGUGUCCACACCAAGCGGCCAUCUGGUAGACACUUCAGAGCAGAACCCGUUUUGCCUUGGAGAAAAUGUGAAAAGCACAUUUAUGCAGAAUGUCUUGAAGAACAAGCUGAACAUCGCCAUAGACUCUCCCCUGAUUAAUGAUAACGAACCCGUGAAGAAAAAAUAUGACCUCCAAAUUAAUGGGUUCAAAAUUUAUGAGCAGAUAGAUGCACUCUACCAGAGGAAGGAAACGAACCAGGAACCAACUGGGUGCAGCAACUCCCUUCUUGAAAUGUGCAGUUGUAAUGCGUCCUUUGUGGGAAGCAGUGGAGAAGGGAAGGGACUGCCACUUUGUGAAGACAGCUUAGUUCAGGUGAGCCACUUGCACAGAGGGGAGGAGCCCUCCUCUGCUGGGGGCAACUAUCAGGAGGUGGCGAAGAAAAAAGACUCCCUUUUCCAGCACGACCACAUGCGAGGCGUUGCUCAUGUGAAGAAAUGCGUUCAGAAUGAAGGUCAGCCGAACGGUGAGGAGGAGAACGACGGUGUUGAAGAUGCCGCCAACGAUGGUGCCGCUAACGAUGGUGACGGAUCUGCUAAGCAGCUGGGGGAGGGACAGCCCCCUGCGGGCAUACCCAGCAGGAGGGAACCGCGCCCGGGUGUACCUAACGAUGAUUGCUCACCGGGGGAUGACCCCCACAAGGCAACUACAGGAGAUCUUCCCCAAAGGGGAGGCCUCAUUGUAGGUAACUCUGCCGUAGGUGUGGAGAAGGACCAACAGAUUGGUGACGCAGUUAUAAGCAGUGUGACGUUUCCCGUUGGGAAGGACCACGACGCGUUGGGAAGGCAGCACAGUGUGAGAAGCCAUCCAGGGGAAGAUGUCAGCGGAGUUUCUAUGCCAUACUCUAAGGGGGAGAAAGGCACUACGCAUGAAGGUGAAGACUGCACCACGCUUCAUUUCGAAGAGAUCUACCUCGCGGACGAUCUUACCACGUGUCCGGAGAGCGGACUAACCGUUUGCGCGUCUUUGGAGCAGCCCGGAGGCCCCGAGAAGAGGGAACCGAGCAACCCCAGCAACAGCAGCAGGAGCAGCGUGAGCACCGCGGAUGGAAGGGCGGAGGGGGAAGGCCCCCCCACGCAGAGGUGCGCCGAGGAAGACGAAUCGGGCAUGGCCGGCUUGGACGUCCAGUCGGGCGACCUCCCCAGUGGAAGUUUGUUUCAGUUUGUUACGCGGGGCGCGUCGGAUGGGAGUCUCUCGGAGGAGCAGGAGGAAGAGGUGGUGGGCCUUCUGGAAGAAAAGGGGGUGAACCUGCUGAAAGACCCGGUAGAGGAGCUCGACCAAAGGAAGGACGACAUAGCUCGGGUUCAUACUCCCGAAGGGGAAGAAGGAACAUGUCUUGGUAGUCAGAAAAACGGCGACGAGGGGGAAGGUGCCAACCGAAUUGAAGAAUCAGCGCAGACGGAACCGGUUCGCAAGGCAGGCCGCUCGAAGGGGUCAGCAAAUAAACCAGACGGAGGGGGAAAGAAGGCAUUGGACGAAGCCCGCGGAGGAGGUGCACUCAGUGGGCCCCGCCCGGUUAGCCAGUUAGCUGAAGGAUCUUCGUUUGGAUUUAAUAAGCGGGGUGCCGUGGAAGGGGAUACCGCCAAUGUGGAUACCUCCCGCGCGGACAAAGUGGACGACGCGGAGUUGACUUGCAACGGGCAGUCGGAAGGAGGCGGCAACCGAGAGAGCGAGCGGGUACCAACCCUCCGUGUGAUAAACGAGAAAGAGGGCCCUGUCAACGGGGCGGCCACUCCAUCAGAUGACCCACCGAUUGGAGGUAAAAACGAAGAAGGCAGCGUCUCCCUUUAUGCGAACCACCGUGUGGAGGCGGAAAAACUAAACCAGGACAUCCCAUACAUUACGAACAUACACAAAGAAAUGCACAGGUCGCCAGUGAUGCCUCUCCGAAUCGAGGCCUUUCACUCUCUAGAGGAUCAAAGGCUAAUCUAUGGAAGGCCCGAAUGGCAGAAGUAUCUGUGCCCCCUGUGCGACAAGGCCUAUUACCCCCCCAAUAGCUACGUGAAGAAUUAUACCCACUACCUAAACGAGCAUUGGAAGAAGAGAAAAAUCCUGGGGGGCUACAUCAUAUUCCCGUGCAAGUUGAUUCAUAACGGACUGGAAGAGGAAGAGGCAGAGAAGGAGAAGACGACGUACCUACGGAUUAGCAAAAAAAUGAAAAAAAAAAAAAAAAAAAAACUUUUUACAGAUCCGCAUUACCACUGUCCUAUAUGUCUAAGUGUGCACUUCACAGAAUACGUUUUGCUAACGGAGCAUUGCAUGAAAUUGCAUAAGUCAUCCGGGGCAGACCCCUCAAGAACACUCCCCUCAGAUGUGGUGCACACGCCUUUUAUCAACAGCAAUGACUACUACUGUGCGUUGAAGAAGUUCGGGUCGGAGAAAAACAUCACCGUGGAAGGAGUGAAUACAUGUGCCAGCAGCGCGGGUUCAGCUAGCCAUGCAACACCUGCGCAGCUUCUGGUGAGCACCGCCACAUCUGCCUCGCUGGAGAAGGGCCCCAACCAGAGCGAGCAGAAGAACAAGGGGAAACACAGGAGAACCAGCAAAGUCAUUUUUUGCGACGAGAUUCAAGUGAGGGAGUACGACAUUGAGUUGUCGCGCAUUGAGAAGUUCGGCGCGAGCAUCGGCCCCGUUUUUACGGAGGAGGAGGCAGUCACGACAAGCGUGAUAAGCACCUCAAGCGGGGCAAUCACACCAAGCGGGGCGAUCACCCCAGGCGCAGUGAGCGAGGAAGGAAGAGCCUUCGAAGGAGCGGGCCAACCCGCGGAGGCAAACGGUGGGGCGCCCCGAGAGGAGGCCACCCCCCAGGAGCAAGCCGUCGAGGGGGCAGUGCACAAGGAGGACGCCAGCGAGAAGCCGAUCAAAACAUGCAACAGGGAUAUCUCCCCAAACGUUGAAGACAAUCAUUUGGGAGGAACACCCCACCAGAGUGCUCCUGCCAAUGUGAAGGACUCAGCACACAUUCCAGGAGAAGCCCCAAAGGACCAGGACCCCAACGCACCAGUGAUAAGCAGUACAGAAAGGAAAGUAAUCGAAAGGAGAAAAAAGAAAAAGCAGGAUGAAGAUCCAAACGGAAGUUAUGCACCAAGUCGAAAGAAUCCCAAUGGUGGUUACAGAAAAGGGGUGUCCAACCACUCGGAGGAGACCCCUCUUCCUAAUGGUAAAAGAACUGAGAGAAGUGGCGACCAUGUGGGUACCUACACAGAGGAAGGCAUAGGAAAGAGCAAAUCUGGGGGAGAAGAACAGUCAUGCGAAGAGGCGAACAUCACAUCGUCGUUUAGAAGUUAUCAACCCGAAAUGAUCAGCGGGGAAAAGAAGGUAUCCGAACAAGUUGUUCAUCAAACGGAGUAUCCCCCCCCCAUGAAUCAUGUUAACGUGGAAAAGAACCAAACAAAGGAUGAGGCGGGAAAAAAAAACAUCGAUGAGGAACACUCCCCAGGUACCCCCACCCAGGAAUGUAUCCACCCAAGUGGAAGUGUAAAGGCGCAAGCUGACCCCCCUCGAAGUGACAGCCUAAAUGAACUCAUCUCAUCCCUCUUCAGCAUCGAUAAUAAUAGCCCCUCCUCAAACAGCGAACAUAAGUCAGUCCCAUUUUCCUGCCUGCUGUACGAAGAAAGUCUGCAGAUAAAGGAACAGCCACUUAACGAAAUAUUACUCGAAAACAGAAUUGAAAAUAGCAAAGAAAAUAUAUUCAUUCCUGUGAAAAAAAAAAUGGGCAAGCGCAUGCGGAACGGAAUUGACAACAUGCACAAGCAGAUCAUUUCAAAAUAUGAGAGGAAGAUUAAAAUAUGUGCCUUAAAUGAACAGAAAAAGGAAGGCACUCCUUUCUUCGAUUUUAAGAAUUACGAAAAUGUGUAUAUGCCCCCCAAGAACGUCAGUUUGAAUUUACCCCCUGAAAAGGAGACCCACAUUUUGAAGAAGGUGAUCCGGCAAAAGAAGAAGGAGAAAAUCCCGUCCCUCCAGCUCAACUGCAGGCAGAGUGCCCGGAUAAAGAACCGGAACAAGCUGGCGCAGUAG